AUGGAGCAGAGUCCCAAGCGACGCAAAGUCUUUCACCAGGGCGACUCCAGGAUCGCGGCCAAUAUUGCGACUGCGAGUCCAUUCGUCUUGCAGACGGACGAGCUUCUAAAGGAGGUCAAGGUUGACUAUUCCGAGGCCUUGGAUGGCGCCGACACACUACUGCAUAAGAUCAGGAACCUGAUCGGAGGCAUUGAGUCUCACGGCCCUAUUCCGAUCGCCGAAGCCACGCGCAAAUUCCAAAAGACUCAUCGCAUAAAGAUUCCUUACCCGGAACCGAAGCCCGCCGAAGAUGCGCCGUAUAAGCUCUCCUACGAAAAGCCCGCGACUUACAACGUCGUUGGAAGUUAUGUUUCGAGAACUAUGGUCCAGGCUCAGGCCAACAAGGGCGUUGAUAUGAUUGUGCAGAUGCCCGCCUCGCUUUUCCAAGAGAAGGAUCACCAAAACAUGCGCUACUUUUACCGGAGAGCGUACUACAUUGCCUAUAUCGCGGCGAACUUGCGUAAGGAGCUCGGAGAGUCGGCUGGCUUGGAGUUCGAGUACCUGAACGGAAACGCCCUCUUGCCUGUCCUUUCAGUCAGGCCUGCGGCAACAUCCAAUCUAGGCGACGAGAGCGAUGGAAAGAAACAAACCAAGGCGGAAUAUGUCAUUCGGGUCAUUCCCUGCGCUCCCGAAGGGGUUUUCCCCAAGACAAAGCUGAACCCGUCGUUCAACAGCAAUAGAAGUGGACAGACUAACGCCAAGGAUCCCAAUGCCGCAACACCGUUCUACAACUCAACGAUCAAGGCCGAAGACACAUUCAUCACGUAUCUCCGUGUUCUGACCCGGGCCAAGACAGAAUGCAGAGCUUUUGCGGACGCUUGCAUUCUCGGAAGGAUCUGGCUUCAACAACGGGGCCUUGGUAGUUCGCUAUCUAAGGGCGGUUUUGGUCACUUUGAGUGGGCCACCAUGAUGGCACUGCUCUUACAGACAGGUGGACGAAACGGACAGCCAGCGCUUUCUUCGGCUCUGAGCAGUACGGAGUUGUUCAAGGCUACUGUCCAGUUCCUCGCCUCUACCGAGUUCUCCAAGAAGCCCUUCGUAUUCGGGACCUACAAGCACGGCGCCGAGGUCAUCCGCGAGAACGGCCCCGUCAUGUUUGAUCCGGAUCGCGAAGUCAACAUUUUGUACAAGAUGAGCCCUUGGUCCGCAAGUCUUCUUCACUUUCAUGCCUGCACGACCAUGGAGGUGCUCAAUGACACCCUGGCAAACCAAUUUGAGCCGACAUUUAUCACUAAAGCCGACAUGCCGCUACAGCUAUACGAUGCCAUUUUUGAGAUCCAAAACGUUGAUAGCAACUCGAAGAGCAACAACCCUGACCGCCGGGGAGCCGUCUGGGACCUCAGCUUCAAAGCAAAUGCGCUUCUCAAGAAAGCGCUGAAGGAGAGAUCCCAGCUGAUCCACUUCUGGAGCCAAGAUCCAGCGUCCUGGCCAAUCACCGGCAACCAGCCCCGGGGCCUUCCCAACAUUCAAGUUGGUAUUGUCUUCGACCCCGCCAACAUGGGACGGCUGAUGGAAUAUGGCCCAUCAGCCGAGCUGGAGAAGGAUGCCGCAAAGUUCCGUAAAUUCUGGGGCGACAAGGCUGAGCUGAGACGGUUCCAGGAUGGCAGCAUUCUCGAGUGUGUGCCAUGGACGAACAAGACGGCCGCGGGUAUUUGCGAGGAGAUUGUUCGCUAUAUCCUCCAGCGUCACCUGAGCCUCGGCGCUGGUGACCUGCGCUUCCGUGAUGCCGAACUCCCUUCGUCUUUGGACAUUUCGCCCCUGGACAAAGAAGCCUUCGAGGCGGCGAGAAAGGCUUUCGGGACCCUGGAACAAGAUAUCCGCGGGCUGGAAGACAUACCGUUGUCAAUCAGGCAGAUCUCUCCCGUGGUUCCUGAGCUCCGAUUCGCCUCGUUCAAGCCACCAUUCACACUCUCCCAGAAGACCAGUCCCCCAGCCAUGGAUGUGAACCUUUACUUUGAGGCCUCCAGCAAGUGGCCGGAAAACAUUGUCGCCAUCCAGGAAACCAAGAUUGAGUUCCUCCUGGACAUUGACCGCAGAUUACGAGCCGUCAACGACAGCAUCACAACGAGCCUGGGCCGCGACAAUGCGGCGCGCGACAUUGACAACCUGGCCUACCUGGACAUCAUUUAUGAGACAGGGGCCGCGUUCCGUCUGCGUAUCUACGCCGAACUCGAAGAGACACUCCUGGACCGCCAAGCCAAGAACAAGACCCUCAGCCCCCAGAUUAGAGCCGAAGCCGAGGAGGCUCUCUUCAACCUGCACUGGCGCUACAAGCACUUGCCUCUGCACACGCAAACGAUCACAACCUACUGCACGCGCUUCACGACCCUCUCUACAACGAUUCGCCUCGUCAAGCACUGGUUCAACGUGCAUAAGCUCGCGGGCCACGUCACCGAAGAGCUCAUUGAGCUGCUUGUCCUCCACGUUUUCCUCAACCCGCACCCAUGGAAGGUACCCUCGAGCCCCAUGUCGGGUUUCCUCCGUACACUCCUCUUCCUAUCCCAUUGGGACUGGCGCGAUGAGGCCCUUGUCGUCGACUCUUCGGACGACAUGGCGGCCGAAGACCGCGCCAUCGUCUCGCACCACCUCGAGGCCUGGCGCGCAGGCGACCCCAACAUGAACCACGCCGUCCUCUUCGUCGCCACGCCCCACGAUCACCUCGGCCUGGCCUAUACCCGUCACGGCCCCUCGAAGCUUCUUGCGACGCGCAUGACGCGCCUCGCAAAAGCCGCGAGUAGGCUCGUGAAGGAGCGAGGCAUCGCCCUCGACGCCGCCGAGCUCUUCCGCCCCUCCCUCGCCGACUAUGACGUCCUCCUCCACCUAUCCUCUUCGGCCCUGAAGCGUGUCGUCCGCGACGCUGCCUCUGAGGUCGGCACGCGCCACUCGCUCUUCAAGAACCUCGAUGAGCGUACCGGCAAAGUGCCCCUGCCCCUCGCAAGGCACCCAGCGACGGUGUUGUUGCGUGAGCUCGAGGCCGCGUACGAGGAUGCCCUCAUCUUCUUUCACGGGGCACCGGACGACGUUGUCAUUGGCGCCAUCUGGCAGCCCAAGCUCCGCAGCAGGCAGAAUUUCCGUGUCGGUCUGCCAUACAACUUCCGGCAGGUCAAGGACGCUGGCGAUGAGGAGGCUGACCCUGUCGAGGUUAACAAGCCGGCUAUCCUGCUGGAGAUUGCCAGGGUCGGUGGCGAUCUGAUCAAGCGGAUCGAGCUUACCGAAUGA